AUGGUCACACUAGAUUGUCGAGAGGUUUUGUUGGAUGCAAUAAAGAAGUGUACCAAUCUAUCCACAGCCUCUAAGCUCCACAAUGAGAUUGAGCACCUCCUCGCGGCAGGAGACUGCUUGGCAUGCAAUUUGGUGGUGCAAAUGUAUGGGAGGUGUGGAUGCCCAGAAGCAGCAUGGCAAAUCUUCCGCGGAUCUACAUCACGGAAUCGAUUCUCGUGGAAUGCCAUGCUCUCUGCCUUCGCAUCAAACAGCCAUCUUGACCAAGCAAAGCAGUUGUUUGAUCGAAUGCCCGAAUGGGAUGUUGCUUCAUGGUCGAUCAUGAUCACUGCCUUCUCUCGGCAUGGCUUACUCCUACAGGCAAAAGAAGUUUUCCAUUCCAUGAGAGAGAGAGGCCUUGUAGCAUGGAAUGCAAUGAUCUUAGCAUAUGCCACAAACGGGCAUUUGGAUAAAGCAAUGCAGCUCUUUGAGCUUAUGCCAGAAAGGAGCUUAAUCUCUUGGACCACAAUUCUAUCCAAAUCCACCAACUUGUUUCAAAUAACGACACUCUUCAGCUCCAUGCCUGAGAGAGACCUUGUUGCUUGGAACUCUCAACUAUCAGCACUUGCCCAAGCUGGGCAUUUGCAGGAGGCGAAGCACAUCUUCUCCAACAUGCCAGAAUUUGAUGCUCUGUCUUUUACGUCCAUGAUUCAGUGCUUUGGCCAGCACGGCCUUUUGGAAGAUGCCAAGUGUUUCUUCCUCGCGCUGCCUCACAAGGAUUUGGUUGCCUCCACAGUUUUGCUUGUCGUCUUGGUGGAAAGUGGCUGCUUUCACGAGGCAAAGAAUCUGUUUGAGUCGAUGGAGUAUAUCGAUGUGGUUUCAUGCGCGGUAAUCCUGUCCGCUUACGCAGAUCACGACGACAGCAGCAUCGCGGAGGCUCAGCAAAUAUUUUACACCAUGCAGCGCCACAACGCGUUUGCUUGCACUGCAAUGCUGCGCUUGUAUUCUCGGCGAGGACGGACUCACGACGCUGAAGCCAUAUAUUUAGGUCUAACUGAUCAAGGCGAGCAUUUAGUCCCGGCAACCGCUCUCAUUACAGCAUAUGCUUGCAACGGGCAUCUGGAAAAAGCAAAGAAACUCUUUGAUGGAAUGAAGGAGCGAAACGAGGUUACGUGGACUGCCAUGCUGACAGGAUAUGUAAACAACCACAGGCUAGAGGACGCCCUGUAUAUUUUUGAAAAAAUGCCGGGUCACGGCGAAAUACCACUGAUUGUGCUCGUGUCGGCAUAUGCCCGAAGUGGACAUAUGCUUCUUGCCAAGAGAAUUUUUGACAACUCCAAUGAAAAGAGCGCUAUUACUUUCAAUGCUCUCUUGUCUGGUUUUGCAUCAAAUUCUCAGUUACUGGAAGCCAAAAGUGUGUUCGAUUCAAUCCAAGAAAGAAACCAAUCUUCAUGGAGUGCAAUGCUUUCUGCAUAUACCCAAAACGGGCAUCUGGAUAUGGCAAAUCGGAUAUUCUUAACAAUGCCGGACAAGGAUCUCAUAUCUUGGGACACAAUGCUGGCGGCAUACUCUCAGAUUGGGGCCAUUUCCAGAGCCUUGGAUGCCUUGCAAACCAUGGUCACUACUAAUACACCUGAUGAAGCUAGCUUAACAGCUUUGCUCACGUCGUGUGCUCACAAAGGCACUGCUGCCAUAGCUCGGGAUCUCUUUGUGUCUUUCCAGUUUGAUCACUCCAUCAAACCCUCAAAGCAACACUACUCAUGUAUGUUUGGUGUGCUUGUCCGGUCAGGGUAUAUCCAAGACGCUGAGAAUCUUCUGUGGGAGAUGCCAUACUACCCAGAUUCCAUGGAUUGGAAGUGCUUGCUUGGAGCUGUAGUGAGUGGAGAUGCAAUGAAAAAUGCCAUUAGUGUGGAGCCUAGUGACAGUGCUCCAUAUGUUCUUAUUGCCAAUUCUCACAUAGUUACAUAG